CCGGAAGCUGGAAAGAAACCCACUCUUUAUUUUCUCUCUCCCCAGACAUCACUUCUCUCUCACUCUACCCAUAUAAUCUAUCUAUUUAUCUAUGCGUUUAUUUUUCAUUCUAUAUGUUCAUUCAGAGAUCUCAUCAUUUCUCUUCCUCCCUCAUUUCACCUGCGAUUAUCACUGAAAAAUAAAGGAACAGAGGAAGGGGAGGGGAUCGGUUAGAGGAGAAAUGGGUUCGGUUCGAGCAGAACUGAGCUUAGAAUUUAGACCCACUUUUGUACCCAAAACGAUCACUGAGUUUCUGGGGGAGGUUUCGAUGAUCGGGAACGUUUCCGAGAAGAUUUCGAAACUCGACGGUUUUGUCAAGCUAUUAGAGGAGGAAAUGAGGAAGAUUGAUGCCUUUAAGCGCGAGCUUCCUUAUUGCAUGCUUCUCUUGAAUGAUGCAAUCCUGGUUUUGAAGGAGGAAUCAAUACAAUGUGCGGCUAAAAAUGUUCAACCGGUUCUGGAAGAAUUCAUUCCAUUGAAGAAGAGGGAGGAUGGUGAUGAAGAAGGUUCAUCAAUCACCACCAGAAAUGAAAAAGACGCUACUAUUUUUAAUAAUAAAGACAAGAAAAAUUGGAUGAGUUCUGUUCAGCUGUGGAAUAGUGAUGAUGAUUUUCGCUCCACUAAUCAGAAACCAGAAACUAAGAAGAAUGAGGAAGAUCCGUUCCAACUCCGAGGUUGUGAGGACAGGGGAGGUAUCAGGUCGUUUACGCCAUUUAAGGCAUAUUCUGUAUUUGCAUCCAGGAAGGAGGAGAAAAAGGAGGUGUCAGUUCCUGGUCUAACGCUCUUGACUCCUGGAAUCAAGAAUCUGAGGGAGGAAUCAGGUUCCUCAGCCUCAAGAGCUAGUUCCAGCAAAGCAGUUUCCUCUUCUGUCCUUGAUUCUCAGUCAAGUUUCCCGUCUGGGCCACAGCCACCUCAGCAGCAGACUGCUAGGAAACAGAGGAGAUGUUGGUCACCGGAGUUGCAUCGACGGUUUGUCAAUGCCUUGCAGCAGCUUGGAGGCUCCCAAGUGGCUACUCCAAAGCAGAUAAGAGAACUUAUGCAAGUAGAUGGCUUGACCAAUGAUGAAGUGAAGAGUCAUCUUCAGAAAUACAGACUUCAUACACGAAGAAUCCCGUCCACAACAACCACGACCACCUCUGUUCUAGGGGGUAGUUUGUGGAUUUCUCAGGAGCAAUAUGGUGAGUCCUCAAAGGGGAAUGCUUCCCAGUUUGGUUCACCUGAAGGUCCCCUCCAGUUGGCUGCAAACACUGGAGGCGACAGCAUGGAAGAUGAAGAUGCAAAAUCUGAGGGCUAUAGCUGGAAAAGCCAUGUUCACAAACCCGGAAAAAUUGCUGUAUAGAGAGUUUAUCCACCACGAAUUUUUUGCAGAUAUAAAAGUAUACAUGGGAGGGAGAUUACUGCUAUAAGAAUUAUAACUAUAUAGGAGCAAUACAUAAAGGAGAAGGGCCAUGGAAUGAGAUGCAAGAGAUGCUAUGAAAUUUUGCAGGAUUAGCUCUCCUUCUAUCUUGAUUUCAGUUUUGUUUUCUGCCAUAUCAAGUACCAGAGUUGAGUUGAGAUUAUCAUCCAUGUUUUCAUGGAAGAAACACAAGUAUUUUUCCUGCAUCAUAAAGAUCUUAGCUCCUCCCUUGCUCAAUUACU